GCUGAGGAGAGCCUUGUGGCUGAAGGUUAUACAAGGAGAUAUUCCAGUUGGAGCCGUGUUUAUCAGAUUGCCAAGUUGUAUCUUUUUAUGCCCAUUUGUGCUUGCUAUGGAUGCCCUCUAGCCAUGACUGAUGGAGCAGUAAAAGUAAUUGAAUCUUUAGGUAUCCCAAAACCCCUGGAAGAAGCCUAUGCUCAUUUGACCUCAAGUGACCCCAAGACCUUCUGGAUCUCUGGCCAAUGGAUGACGGAACGCAAAGGCGGCUCUGAUGUCGGAGGUGGAACAGAAACUGUUGCACGGGAACUUCCAGAUGGCUCCUACAGUCUGCAUGGUUUCAAAUGGUUCACAUCAGCUGCUGAUUCAGACAUGACGCUGACAUUGGCAAGGAUCGUGGGCCCUGAUGGGCAGAUACAACAGGGCUCCAGAGGCCUCUCUCUCUUCUACCUGAAAACAUAUGAGGAUGGGAAGCUGAAUGGCAUAAAAAUACAGAGGCUGAAAGAGAAGCUGGGCACAAGGGCGUUGCCAACUGCAGAGCUGUUGCUGGAUGGAGCUCGAGCACAUCUGAUCUCUGCAGAAGGCAUGGGGAUGGCUUGUAUUGCCAACACGUUGAACAUCACUAGGAUCUAUAAUACCAUCUUUGCAGGUCAUCAUAUGAGAAGAAUUGUUGACCUGGCACGGGAUUACGCCACCAAAAGGGAAGCCUUUGGAAAACCCCUUAAAGAUCACCCUUUGCACAUGCAAACUCUGGCACGAAUGGAGGUUAUUAGGUGUGUUUGUUCUGGGGGUUCCUUGCAGACCAAGUUGGAGGCAGCUACUCAGCAGUCCGAACUGCAGGCUUCUGUGCAAAUAAUUCAGAAUAAUCUGCAAAAACUCAAGCAGUUUGUUCGAAGAAUGGACUCAAAGGGAGAAGCUGGCUGGCAGCUUGCAGCGAGAGACUUUUCCUAUACUUUGGCAUGGACCUAUGAAGGAGUCCUUCUACUGGAGCAUGCCGCCAGGGCUGGUGCAUCAGACACAAACAUCUACGCUGCUCAGAGGUGGUGUCAGGAGGGUGUCUGCCUUGUGGACAGAGAAGAGAAGGCUGGUUCUUACAACUCUGAAGCAGUUUCCCUGGAUAAAUCUUUGGUUUAUGAUGGGUAUUCUUCUCUGAGAGGAAAACUCUAGUAAUUAACAGCUGAUCACUAAAAAAAUAAAGGACAGGAAUACAAAAUUAAAUCCAUAUUAUUUAACAGGAAAGAUAAUAUAUCUGGCUUUCCACAGUCCUUGGGUAAUGUUUUAUAGCCAAAGUGUACUUGCAGAUGCUCAGUAUUAUGCCAUUUGACUCUCAUUUUUACCAUUUGACUACCUGUAGUGAUCUUGGCAAGUUUUAUUUUCUCAAUUAAAAG